GCCCCGCCCUUCCUGAGCGCCGGCGCGCCUUGGCGGGAAUUUCGCCUGUUUGGGAUUUAGACCCCACGGACUCGCUAGUUGUGGUCCGGACUGCUGAGGGCGGAUCUCGGGGACUGAAAGCGUAAGCAGGAAUCUCGUCACAACUUCUUUGGAGCCUUGAUGAUAAUCAUAAUGAACCCCACAAAUUUCAGGACAUGAAGUAAGCAAUGGAUAGCUGUUCUGCUGCGUCAACAUUCCUGACCGACAGCUUGGAACUAGAACUGGAGAGAGAAUGGUGCAACCCCCCUUGCUUUUCUUGUGAUUUUGACAACAGAGGAGGAGGAAGGCAUUUUUCUGGAGAGUCCUACCUUUCCAGCGGAGCCCUUAAGCGGCUAAUUUUGAAUCUCGAUCCUUUACCAACUAAUUUUGAAGAGGAUACAGUGGAAAUAUUUGGCAUUCAGUGGGUUACCGAAACAGCAUUAGUGAAUUCAUCUAGAGUUCUCUUUCAUCUAUUCAGGCAACAGCUAUACAACUUGGAAACCUUAUUACAUGCCAACUGUGAUUUUGGGAAGAUAUCAACCCUGCAUUGCAAAGCAGCCAAUAUUAGGCAGCAGUGUGUGACAUUUCUUCAUUAUGUUAAAGUCUUCAUCUUCAGGUCCCUGAAAGUGCAAAAUGCUGAAAGUCAUGUUUCUGUCCAUCCCUACGAGGCUUUGGAGGCACAACUUCCCUCAGUGUUGGUUGAUGAGCUUCAUGGAUUACUCUUGUAUAUCGGACACCUAUCAGAAUUUCCCACUAUUAAUGCAGGAGCAUUUGUAAAUCAAAACCAGACUAAGCUUUUUCCACCAUCGUGGCAUUUAUUACAUCUCCACUUAGAUAUCCAUUGGCAGGUGCUGGAAAUUCUUCACAUGCUUGGUGAAAAAUCAAAACAAGUUGUAUAUAGUCAUCAAUUUAUGAAUCUCACGGGUGACAAUUUAACCAAUGUCAGCCUAUUUGAAGAACAUUGUGAAAAUCUUCUUUAUAAUUUAAUAAGCCUGUCCCUGAACAGGUAUGACAAGGUAAGGCCUUCUGAAGCAUUAAUGAGUCACCAUUGCACAUGUCCAUGCAUUAAGGAGUUAUGGAUACUAUUCAUUCAUCUUCUCGACCACAGAAGUAAAUGGUCUCACUCAGAAUCAUUUUGGCACUGGUUAAAUAAACUACUUAAAACAUUCUUUGAAAAAUCAAAUGACCAAAGAAGACCUUCUGUGCCUAUAAUUCAGCCCAGGGAUCCAUUGGGUUUUACUUGGUGGAUUAUUACUCAUGUAGCAUCAUUUUACCAGUUUGAUCGCCAUGGGGCACCAGAUGAAAUGAGACAAAUGGAAUCAAAUUGGAACUUUGUAGAAGAACUGCUGAAAAAGUCCAUCAAUGUUCAGGAUGGUAUACUAGAAGAGCAUUUACGAAUGUAUCUCCAUUGUUGUUUGACCCUUUGUGAUUUCUGGGAGCCAAACGUUGCUAUUGUCACCACUCUAUGGGAAUAUUACAGUAAGAACCUGAAUAGUUCUUUCAGUAUUUCUUGGCUUCCUUUGAAAGGCCUUGCAUACAUCGUUAAGUCACCUUUGUCUAUGCUAGAAAUGGUGAAGACCUGCUGUUGUGAUAAACAAGAUCACGACCUGUAUAAAUCCAGCAGUAGUUAUACUAUUUUCCUUUGCAUUUUGGCAAAAGUUGUUAAGAAAGCAAUGAAGAGCAAUGGCCUUCAUCCUUGGAAACAAGUCAAAGGAAGAAUAUAUUCUAAGUUCCAUCAGAAAAGAAUGGAAGAACUAACUGAAGUUGGUCUGCAGAACUUUUUCAGCCUUUUUCUACUAUUAGCAGCUGUGGCAGAAGUGGAAGAUGUAGCAAGUCAUGUUCUAGGCCUCCUAAAUUUCCUCAAGCCUGCCUUUAUGACAUCUCCUCUGAUUUGGAAGGGUCAGAUGGCCUUCCUCUUGAUGUAUACCCAGAAAAAUCUGGACAUCAGUGUUUUGGCUGAGAAAUUUUCAGGUGCUUUCCGGGAGAAAGCAAAGGAGUUCUUGGUAUCUAAGAAUGAUGACAUGGGACAAAGACAGACUCUCUGGACACUUCUUUCCAUAUAUAUUGAUGGUGUUCAGGAAGUGUUCGAGACUAGCCAUUGCUUGCAUCCUUCCCAUGAAAAACUGCUUAAUGAUGGGUUUAGUAUGCUUCUGCGAGCUUGUCAAGAAUCUGAACUUAGGACCCUAUUGGGCUUUCUACAAGCUCUUCUGGCACGAAUCAGGAGUAUGCAUCAACAAUUGUGUCAGGAACUUCAAAGGGAGAACUCGGACCUAAUUGUGCAGUCUUCAUUAGCAGCUAAAGAGCGCCACCUUGCUGCAGUUGCCAGUACAUUAUGGAGACAUUUCUUUUCAUUUUUGAAGAGUCAGAGAAUGUCACAGAUAGUGCCUCUCUCACAACUUGCGGAUGCAGCCGCAGAUUUUACUUUGCUGGCAGUGGACUUGCCCAGCACAGCUCCAUCAGAUCUUCAGCCUCAACCUGUCCUAUCACUGAUACAGCUUUUUGGUUGGGAUGAUAUCAUCUGGCCCCAAGUUGUAGCCAGAUAUUUAAGUCAUGUCCUACAAAAUAGCAUGUUAUGUGAAGCACUUUCUCAUUCAGGCUGUGUAUCUUUUCAAGCCUUAACUGUAAGAUCAUGGAUCCGUUGCACUUUGCAAAUGUAUAUAAAAAACCUUUAUGUGCCAGAUGAUUCAUUUAUUGAUACAAAUCCAGAACAGGCAGUUGAAAAAGACUACAUGGAACAGUUGACUGAACUGACAAGAUUGCUAUUUAAACUCCCAGAAGUAAAGGAUAUUCUCUCAAAGGCUCAAGUCGAAUAUUUACUCAUCCCAGAAGACCCUAAAAAAGCACUUGUUCGGUUCCUUGAGGCUGUUGGUAUAACUUAUGGGAAUCUGCAGACACUUUCUGAUAAAUCUGCCAUGGUCACAAAGUCCUUAGAAUACCUUGGUGAAAUAUUAAAAUAUAUAAAACCUUAUUUGGGAAAAAAAAUUUCCAGUGCAGGGCUGCAGCUGACUUACAUGAUGAUGGGAGUUCUUGUUAAAUCAUGGGCACAAAUUUUUGCCACCUCUAAAGCCCAAAAAUUACUAUUCCGGAUCAUAGACUGUUUGCUGCUGCCACAUACAGUGUUACAGCAAGAGAAGGAGCUACCUGCACCUAUGUUGACUGCGAUUCAGAAGAGUCUUCCUUUGUAUCUCCAGGGCAUGUGUGUCGUGUGUUGUCAGUCUCAAAAUCCGAAUACAUAUUUGAGCCAAUUGCUAGGGAAUGUUAUUGAGCUCUAUAUUGGGCGGUUUCUUCCAACUUCACCACAUGGUUUAGGUGUUGGACAACAUCCUGUUCUGUUGGCAUUGAGAAACUCAGCCACUGUUCCACUGAUGUCAUCUCUAAAGAAAUGUAUUCUCCAAGUCAUAAGGAAGUCCUACUUUGACUUUAAAGGGUCCUUGCUCCCUCCUCGCUUAGCAUCCGUUCUGGCCUUCAUCCUCCAACUUGUUAAGGAAACUAACAUCGAUGUGUCUGAGGUUGAACUCCUCCUCCCUGGAGUGUUAAAAUGCCUGGUGUUGGUCAGUGAACCUCAAGUUAAAAGGCUGGCCACCGAGAACCUGCAAUACAUGGUAAAAUCCUGCCAAGUGGGGUCAGGAGGAGAACCUGCCGCCCAGCUGACUUCAGUGUUUAGGCAAUUUAUUGAGGAUUAUGGUAUGAGAUAUAAUUAUCAGAUUUACAGCAUUUUAGAAACAGUAGCAGCACUGGACCAGCAGGUUGUAAUCAACUUGAUUUCUACCCUUACUCAGUCUCUGAAGAGUUCAGAGCAGAAAUGGGGCCUUGGCAGAAAUAUUGCCCAGAGGGAAGCCUAUAGUAAACUUUUAUCUCACCUAGGACAAGUGGGACAGGAUGAGAUACAGAGACUGGAAAAUGAUAAUACUGAAUCGAUUUUGUGAUUCGUUCUCUAUAUUAACUAUAACCAUCUAAAGCCACGUUGCACCAUCUGACUCCUACUUUUAAUUAAUUGUGUAAUGUUCUGUUAAAAAUACUUUCUAGGAUUUUAUCUUUAAAUAACUGUAAGUAUAAAGUAUAUAAAUAAGGAAAUAAAAGUUAAUUAAAUAUGCUGUAGGACAUUUGGAACUGGGUAAAACUGCAUUCUAUUUUGAAGAGCUUUUAGUUAAACUAAAGAAACUUAACUGGGAGUGUUAUCUGUAUAUAUCUGUUAAGCAAGUUUGUACUGGUUGAUCCAUGGACAUUUUACCAUAAUAUGACUUUUCUGCCUUGUGAGUAAUUUGUUUCUGUGUUUUUUGUUGUCGUUGUUUUUUGCAUGUUUUUAUUAUGAUACUAUUUCAAAUUACCUGGCUGCCUAAUGCUGGUUUUUUUUUUUUGGAGGGGUGGUCAGGAGCUAGGACUAUAUGUUUGUUAUCCUCUUUUAUACUCUGCAUGAGGCAAAUUAAUAAAACCCUUACAAAGCACACUUUGUGAGGAAUGAGACAAUCUGGCUCAAUGAUUAUACAGAUAAUACAAACAUUUUAUUUAAAUUUAGGCCAACAGCGUUUAUGCUUAGGUUCCAACAGUUGCCAGAUGUUUUUGUCCACUCACCCUUUCUUUUAGACAGUGUCGUUAAAAAACAUAUCAGGAGGAGGGUAAAUAAGAGUCUUUAUGAAAAGAGAAUAACUAAUAUUCUGGAAAAUUUUAAGAUGACAGAUUAACAGAAGAGGUCUGAGAAGUAAGCCGAUUUAUCUCAUUGCUCUUACAUGUUUAUGGGUAACCAGUUUAGUUUCCUGUAGCAGCUCAUCUCUCAAUCCUUUUAACUAUCUCAUUCAGAUUUAUUUUACCAGUUGGGCUUUUGUCCUUGACUCCUUUUUCUAGUGAGCAUUAUUUGAGCCUGUAUUUCAUGCACGAAGAUAAAGCACACCUUUCAGUUGUGCUCCUCUUGGUGUGUCCAGGAUGAAUGAUCCUACUUCUUUUCAGUGUUUUCUUACAUAUUGUUUUCUUCUUGGGCCUCUGGUGUUUAUCAUGGUUUUACAUUUCAACCCCCUUCUGGCUCAGGAAGUUAUCUUUUAAAAUCAGAUGCACAGCAAUCAGGAAACUAUGGUUAAUAGCCCUUUCCUAAUUGUUAUCUGUGUAGUCUAAAGGAUUUUAUGACAUAUAAAUGGUCUAAUCCUUGCCCCCCAGAUCAACUGUCUUUACUUAAAACAAAUGGGAUGAAUAAAAGCCUCUCUAAGAUUACUUAAGACUUCAUAGCAAUGAGUCUUUUCAUUAUAAUUGUUUCUUGUUAAACUAAUGAUGUAUUAUUACUUUGCAGGUUUUAGCAAUUGAAAUCUAAAUUAUUUAAUGGGAUGCCUUUAAAGAGCUUAUUUGUGUAUGUGUGUAUAUGUGUAUUUAUAUAUUCCCCACCCCAAGAUAUAAAGAUACCUUGGAGAAUCUUGCUCCUUAAUGUAUGAAGCUUAAGGGUUAAGAAAAUCUGCUGCUGAAUCAUGCAUUAGGGUGUAUCUCUGUAGAUGCUAAGAAUAACUAAAGCUUAUCCAUAAAAAAUCAUUAAGAAGAGAAAGUCUGUAACAAUAUGUGUAUAAAUAUGUA